GUCGGGGGGCCGGGCACAGCAGGGGGGUGGCGGGCAGGGCUGGGCUCUCACGCUCGGCUCCGGCCGCCACCGCCCCGGAGUCCGCCCUGCAGCUCCCCCGCCCUGCCCCAGCCGUCCCUCCGGCCGGCCGGCCGUCCGUCUGGACACAGGGAAGGAGCCAUCCAUCCAGCUGCAGCUCCACCCUCCCAGCGCUGCCAGAUGAGCCCCCACGUUGUUGUUGUUGUGCUGCACCUGCAACCCGCUCCAGAGAUCCUUCCCUGCCUCCUGCGCUGCUGACCACCAGCUCCACAGGGUCCCUGACCUGUCCCUGUGGGUCUUCCAACGGCUCGUGCCGUGGACUGCUGGGCUCCCCGCCACACUCAGCAUGCCCUUUUCUGGUGCAGCCAGACCCUCCCAGGAAUCACUCUGGAGCUUGAGGCCGUCCUGUAGGGAAAUGGAGUCCAAGGUCUCCGAAGGUGGCCUCAACGUUACCCUCACCAUCCGGCUGCUGAUGCACGGCAAGGAAGUUGGAAGCAUCAUUGGGAAGAAAGGAGAGACUGUGAAGAAGAUGCGUGAGGAGAGCGGAGCAAGGAUCAACAUCUCGGAGGGAAACUGUCCUGAGCGGAUUGUGACCAUAACUGGCCCCACUGAUGCCAUCUUCAAGGCUUUUGCCAUGAUUGCCUACAAAUUUGAGGAGGAUAUAACCAACUCCAUGAGCAACAGCACUGCUACCAGCAAACCUCCGGUGACACUGCGGCUGGUGGUGCCAGCAAGUCAGUGUGGCUCCCUCAUUGGCAAGGGGGGCUCCAAGAUCAAGGAAAUCCGAGAGUCCACAGGUGCUCAGGUCCAAGUGGCGGGGGACAUGCUGCCCAACUCCACGGAGCGGGCAGUGACAAUCUCGGGGACACCCGACGCAAUUAUCCAGUGUGUCAAACAGAUCUGUGUGGUGAUGCUGGAGUCCCCACCAAAAGGUGCCACCAUUCCCUACCGCCCAAAGCCCGCCUCCACCCCUGUCAUUUUUGCAGGUGGUCAGGUAAGAGCCGACCCGCUUGCAGCCUCCACUGCCAACCUCAGCCUUUUACUGCAGCACCAGCCGCUGCCCGCCUAUACAAUUCAGGGACAAUACGCUAUUCCACACCCGGAUCAGUUGACCAAGCUCCACCAGUUGGCUAUGCAGCAAACCCCCUUUACUCCCCUUGGACAGACCACCCCCGCUUUCCCUGGAGAAAAGCUGCCCUUACAUUCCUCCGAAGAAGCUCAAAAUCUGAUGGGCCAGUCAUCAGGUUUGGAUGCCAGUCCCCCGGCCAGUACUCAUGAACUCACCAUUCCCAAUGAUCUAAUAGGCUGCAUAAUCGGACGCCAAGGGACCAAAAUCAAUGAAAUUCGGCAGAUGUCGGGAGCGCAGAUCAAAAUCGCCAACGCCACAGAAGGAUCAUCGGAGCGCCAAAUUACCAUCACAGGAACCCCUGCAAACAUCAGCCUCGCGCAGUACCUCAUCAACGCCAGGCAGCAAGCUGUGUCCAGGCUGCUUGCUCAGACCUGUUUGCCCGUGCCUGCGGACGCAUGGAGAGCGAGUUUAAAGGGAUACAGGACCUUCCUGGUAGCUUUGUGCCUGCCUGGCAGAGCCACUCAGACGGGCCCAUCCGCCUGGGCAGGACCGAUGCCGUGCCAACCCGCCGCCAGCCCCGGAUGCACGCAGGAGGGAGGCUGCUGGCAGCGCCCUGAGGACCGCGGGGGGGCUGCUGGCGGCGACUCUGACACUUGUUGGGGUGUGGGCUGGGAGCACCGGUGAGGCUGACGUCUGAGGUCACUGGAAUGGGCGCACUCUAAUUUCCACCCACCAUCCUCCACUCCGCACCACCCGACCCUCUCCAGCCACCGGCACUCCACCCAGCCUGUACUGCCUGUACAUUUACCGUCUUUCCUUUGCCUCCACAGAUACUCUUUUCUUUACUAACAAAUACAUCUAUAUACAUAUAAACACACGCACGCAUAUGCACACUGGAAGGUUUCUUUACGAGCUCUUUGCUCUGUGCUCCCGAGGCUGCUCCCAAGCUCUUUGGUUAUGGUCCUUGUUUUCAGCAUUACAGUGUUAAUUCUUAAUCAGCUUUUUGGGGAUGAGGGAGGGGGGAGGGGGGCGCUGUUUUUUUCCUCUCACUGGCGAGACUGCAGGAGCUGGUGUGGUCUCUAGUCUAGCGUAGCUACCUACACGUUUGAGUUGACAUUGGCGGUACUUCCUGUAGCCUAAGGACAUACACGAUGCCACCCAGAGCUGUGCCUACUUCAGAUGACUUAACUUUUCCCACCCUCCUUCCUUUGGUGCUCCCCUUUGCUUGUCCUGGCUCACCUUCACCACCUCAUGCCCCUGCCCUCAGGGCAAGGGCAUACUGUUCACCCGUGUUAUUUGGGAAGCAGAAGCCAAGUGCGGUUCAACCCGCAGGCUUCUUUCUUGGAACAUGGCAUGGUCCAGACAAAUCCUUCCUCCUGCUAAACUAAGGGAAUCACACACACACAUACACAUAUACACACAAAUGCUCAUUUUUUUUUAAACUAAUGAGCACCUGGAAGUGGUAAGAACUCAGCUGUACAGGAUUCACACCCCCCAGGGGCCUUUGAAAGCACUCUUUUGGCAAUCCCCCAUGAGCAAAACCAUUGGACGAUAGCUCAGGAAGCUCUGUGAGCUGGCUGUGUUUGUCACUGUUUGUGUUCAAUAAAUGUCUGUGCAGCUCUGGUA